UACUAACCCUGCGCCGGGGCAGCGUCUCACCAGUGCCAGACGGAACGAUGAACGGGCUCGUGGAAAUUGUUGUAUUCGGUUCUGUGCUAGCUGCCGGAUUUUUCCCACCCGAGGUUAAUGGGGAGUUCCUGUACAACGCGGAACCUUCGCAACACGUGAUGCACAUACGGAAGCUGACGGACAGUGACAAGCUGAGGAUUGAACUCGAGCCGGUAUGGUUUCAUCUCGAGUCGUCCGAUCAAAGCCCAUCGCCGGCAGGUCAGCAAGUGAAACGACAGGCGACCGGCGAACUCGACAUCGUACGACCGAUGGAAAUCUAUCCCAGCGUUGAUGAGCUGAAGCGGCAGCAACGCAAACGCGCACGAGGAUCUCGCUCCGAACCAUCGAUGAAUGACAAUGCGGACACGUUUUUGCAACACUUUUGGCACGUGGAAACCGAUUCGAACGGAAUGUUGGAGCAGAACCGUUCGCCAAAACAGUUCAGCUCGCUGGAGCAGCAGUUGGACGAAGGUAAUCUGCCGAGCUGCUUCCGGAAGUAUCUGCACGAGGUGUACGAUCGCAACAACCGAAGCGUGCGCAAGCUGAUGCGCUGUCUGGCGCAACAGUCGGAGGAGAGUUGCAAGGCGGCAAGACGUCCGCAGCGCUAUUUGGCGCCGCACUAUUCGAGCAGUGAGGAGAAGGACACGAACGAGGAGCAAGAACAGGAGGAGACGGCAGACGAAGACUACGCUCGCGAUAGGCCCUGUGCGAGGAAGGUGAUGCGGAGGCGGAAGUACGCCGAGCGGGCUGAUUCGUCGGAAGAAGAAAACGCGUCCAAGGAGCAGCUAAAGUUUGAGCAACUUUUUAUCCGCUCGGAUGGUGACUCUGGUGGGGCCAUUUUUGAGCCCACAAAGGAGGAGGAGCUGGAAUCCUCUCGGGGUGAUGGUACGGUGGAAAGCACUUCCUCCGAUGAGCCGAAGAGCGAUGGUGUGGAGACCAAGCCAGGGGAGUCGAAUGAAUCGCGGGAACGGCUGUAUACGCGGGACGGUCGUUUGCGUCCCGUUGCGUACCGGCGGAUGCCGCAGAAGUAUAACACGCGAAGGCGGAAGUCGUCGGCCAGUUCGGAGGAAUCGAAGCAAGACUGUAGUGGGGAGGAGUGUGAUAAUGAUGGAUCGUGGGAGUAUUAUUGAGUUUAGUGAAACUGUUUGUUAAAUUAUUGUUAUAAAUUGCUAUAGAAUAGGAAACAUGGCACGAACGAGUUAGGAUUGCAACGUAUUUAUUAUGUGAAAAUUUAUUUCAAUAAAGCUAAAAAAAUAGAUGUACUAC